GGCGGACGCCGGAAGCAGAGCCAGCGCACGCUGUUGCCGGGCAACGGGCCGGCGCGGGCCUUGGGGUCGGUGAGCUGCUCGCUGCGCCCGCGCGGAGGCGGCGGCGCAGCGCGGCGAGGUGGGUGCGGGCCCCAGCUGGACACCCAGGCCCGAGCGCGCCCAGCCCGUCCCUUGGGAGCCGCCGCCUCGGACCCGGCCCGGGCUGCCCUGCGGCCCGCCCCGCAAGGGUCCCAUCCCGACCUACCGUGGGAACCUCUGGGUGCCCGGACUCUUACCCCCUGGCCAGACUGGGCCUCCGGACCCCUGCCCACCCGGCCGGGGCGGGACACCGCAGCGCGCCCACCCUCCCCGGCUGAGCCGACCCCGCAGCGCCUUGGUCUCCGGGACAGGCCCCUGUGCGGGACUGGUCGUCGGCGUGUAGGAGGAAGCCGGGCAGCCCCCGCUCACUUUCCCCUGGGUGACCAGGCUGCGGGUGUAGUUUGUGUCCGUUCCACAGCGACACUGGACCCACACCAGGCUAUUCACACUCCCGAGGAAGCCACCAGCAGCUACUGGGCAGCGGCGAGCAGGCGGCCCCCCAGGCCCUGUCCAGCCCUGGGCAGCCCCAGCACAGCAGUGUGUAUGUCUCCUGAGCAUCUUCCUGGCGCGUCUGUGCGGGCCUGGCGGCACCAGCAUGCAAGGCCAGCCAGAGCUGGGGGGAGUGCCUGGCCAGGUGCUCCCUCCCAGCGGGUCUCUGAGUGACCUCGCAGAGGGAGCAGGCGAGGUUUCCCUCCACCAGGCUUCUAAAGACAGCGGUGCAGGCGAGACACCUGGGGCACAGAGUGGCGACGAUGUGGAGUGGGUGAGAACCCGCUCCCAACUCCCUCCCACAGAUGGGGACGCCGGGAUCCCCGGGCGCAGUGAGGGCUUUACCACCUGCACCACCAGUGGUCCGGACCCAGGGGAACACAGCGGUGCCUGGGGGGAGUUUGAGGGCUUUCGGGAAUCUUCAACCAAGUCUGAACAGUUCUCUCAGUCCUUUGGACUCCCGGAGAGGCCCACGGAACCUCUGCUGCCGAGAACUCCUUCUGCCCAAAAGGAGCGUGGUUCUCGCCAGCCUCACCGGGGUGGACCCCGGGUGACUGGGACGGCCACUGUCCCACCUUCUGAGCCCAUUCUCAACUAUGAGAACAUUUUUAGGUUUGCUUUUCAAGAAGUACCAGUCCAGCAGACAACUGAAGAUGUUUCCACCUUAGACCUUUUCUUAGAAAUAAGCAGUGAAGAAAAACCUGGCCUGGGAUCUGUACAUAAAUUGUGUUCUGAAUCUAGAAAACUCUGGAGAGCUCUUCAGAACACAGACACCACGUUGACAUCCCAAUGCCUCUGGAGCGAGUCCCGCUGCCAGGAAAACUUCUUUCUCGUUCUCGGAAUAGAUGCUGCUCAGAAGAGCCUCUCCGGGGGCCAGGGCCACACUGCGGAAGGCCCAGAUCUCAAGGAGCCCGGGGACCCCAGUGCGCACGGCUUCCGUCUGCACCGCUGCAGAGCGCUGAUCCAGACCAAGCUCUCGGGGACGCCCGGUGGCAGACAGGGGAGCCUGAUCACUUACAGCCUCUUUCUGAAGACGCCCUUCCACGGAAACACGCAGCACAUCACAUUUCCAAGGAAAAAGAAGAUGUUCCCUCCACGUAACCUAAAAAUGAUGUUGUUUAACAGUAACGUUUGCUAAAACGGAGCACUUGGUAUCUUUCUGAGGAAUUUUACAUUUUCUUACUGUUGGGUUUAGUACUGGAAACCAGAACUGUUUUGUGGAGGGGUUUCCCAAAUCCCAAGGCAGUGUCCCGGAUACUCCGUGGAAACCUGCCCUGCGCCCACCAGCCAAUUUUAGGGUCUCAUCAGGUCAGAUGGAGGCUGCGGGCUUCGGCAGAGCCCAUCCUCACCAAGAAGGGGGCGCCUGUGAGGAGCCCAGGCCCGGCUGCCUGUUCUGCACUGCCUGGGGGCACCAGGGGCCUCGCUCAGUUGGGGCCAUCACUGGGGACAGCUGUCCAGGCACCUCUUAAGUCCUGAUGGCACCCCAUCACACCUCAUCCCCACGGGCAUAGGCAGGGUUGAGGGCACACAUGAGGGGUUGAGGUCUGCUGUCCCCAAAGCGUCAUGAGCGCUCGCCUACCGAGCACCCACCCAGCGGCCUCUCCGCGCCCUCAUCGGCAGAGGUGGCGAGCCAAGCAGUGGCACUGAUUUUUGUAAGAUUUUAUGAAAUAAAUGA